GAAGAAAUCACCACGUUAAACUGCCGCCAACAUCUUCACUGCAGCGUCAGAAAGUACGACUUCGCACGACACCUCAGUCCUGUCGCAUUGUUCGCACUCCCGUCGCCCUCUAGUCACCUGCUAUUUGCAUCUGUCUCUAUCUAGUCGAGUUCGUCACGCUCUCCUCGCGCUCUGGUCGAGUUCGUCAAGUUCGUCAUGUUCUCUGCAUGCUCUAGUCAUGUUCGUCACGCUCUGGUCGAGUUCGUCACGCUCUGGUCGAGUUCGUCACGCUCUCCUCGCGCUCUGGUCGAGUUCGUCACUGUUUCGUCGCCUGUUAGUCGAGUUCGUCGCGCUCUGGUCGAGUUCGUCGCGCUCUGGUCGAGUUCGUCGCGCUCUGGUCGAGUUCGUCGCGCUCUGGUCGAGUUCGUCACUGUUUCGUCGCCUGUUAGUCGAGUUCGUCGCGCUCUGGUCGAGUUCGUCGCGCUCUGGUCGAGUUCGUCGCGCUCUGGUCGAGUUCGUCGCACUCUGGUCGAGUUCGUCACUGUUUCGUCGCCUGUUAGUCGAGUUCGUCGCGCUCUGGUCGAGUUCGUCGCGCUCUGGUCGAGUUCGUCACUGUUUCGUCGCCUGUUAGUCGAGUUCGUCGCGCUCUGGUCGAGUUCGUCGCGCUCUGGUCGAGUUCGUCGCGCUCUGGUCGAGUUCGUCGCGCUCUGGUCGAGUUUGUCGCGCUCUGGUCGAGUUCGUCACGCUCUGGUCGAGUUCGUCACUGUUUCGUCGCCUGUUAGUCGAGUUAAAUCGCGCUCUGGUCGAGUUCGUCACUGUUUCGUCGCCUGUUAGUCGAGUUUGUCGCGCUCUGGUCGAGUUCGUCGCGCUCUGGUCGAGUUCGUCGCGCUCUGGUCGAGUUCGUCGCGCUCUGGUCGAGUUUGUCGCACUCUGGUCGAGUUCGUCACUGUUUAAAUCGCCUGUUAGUCGAGUUCGUCGCGCUCUGGUCGAGUU